AUGGCUCCAUCCAGGCAGGUGCUGGUCUGGCGCCAUUUGUCGUCAUCGAGCAUUUUCCAGUUUCAUCUUUGGCAACCAUUCGACCCGUGCCUCAACAAGUUUUCAAUCUCCACCAUCAUGGCCACCCCCACAUUCUACGCCGUCGUCGUCGGCGUCGGCUCCGGCACCGGCGCCUCGGUCGCGCGGCUCUUUGCCCGGGGCUACCCGAUCGCGCUGCUCGCGCGCAAAGAGUCGAGCUACGCGCCCGUCGUCGCGGCCAUCACCCAGGCCGGCGGCACCGCGCUCGGCAUCAGCACCGACGUGUCCGACGCGCAGUCCCUCGACGCCGCCUUUGCGCGCGUCGCGCGCGAGUGGCCCCAGGCAAGGCUCGCCGCCGCCGUGUACAACGCCGAGGCGGGCUUCUCCUACAAGCCCUUUCUGGAGCUGGCCCCCGAGGAUCUGGACCGAGCCCUGAGCACUGGCGCCAAGGGCCUGUUCUACUUUGCGCAAAAGACGCUCCCGCUGCUUCUCAAGGCCGGCGAGGAAGAGGUCGCCGCCAAGUACCCGCCGACGCUCAUCGUCACGGGCGCGACGGCGGCGCUGCGCGGGAGCGCCAAGUUUGCCGCGUUUGCGGCGGGCAAGUUUGCGCAGCGCGCCAUCACGCAGUCGCUCGCGCGCGAGUUUGGCCCCCGCGGCGUGCAUGUCGCCUACACCAUCAUUGAUGGCAGCAUCGACACGCCGUGGGGCAAGGACCGUGUGGCCAACGGCGGCGUGGCUGAUGGCAAGAUUAGCCCCGAUGCUAUUGCCGAGAGCUACUGGUAUCUGCACACACAGCCCAGAUCGGCAUUUACACAGGAGUUGGAUCUGCGUCCAUCCGUAGAAAAGUUCUGA